AUGGCUCAAAUGGAGGUCGUAUACCUGACCCAGUACAAAAGUCUCUCGUUGAUUUAUUUAGCAGGAAAAAGGGAGUCGAUCUCUGCUGCUCUGAAACCACAUCUGAGUCCAAAAACAAAGACAAAGAAUAACUUCAUACUGCAAAACCAAGUGUGACGCCUGUCAGGAAACCUUAUAAAUCACAGCAUGAAGAUGGCGGGGGUAUGCCAUAAUAAGGUGUUGGUGUCUCUGCAGGUGUAGGUUACUGCCGGUGUCAGAGACGUGGUGCUCAUCUGAGCUCGACUCCCUCUGGAUCACAAAUGUUGAUCAUCAUCAGUUUGAUUGUUUCUUCAGAAACCACAAAAUCUCUCUGAAUGACCCGCUGAUACAUCCACAGAUAACCCUGCAGAUGACCAGCUUCAGUCAUUUCCCCCUCCACAAAAGCAGCUUUAUGACUUUAUUUACUUUAUGACUUUAUUCUCCUAAAUUUACAACUUUAAUCUCUAAAUCUUAAAAGAAAAAAAAACUGAUAGUAAAAAAAGCGAAAGCUCUUAAUCCUUGAGAGGAUCUUUGUACCUCUUGUUUUGAACCUAAAAUGUCUUUUCCUCUUUUUUAACAUCCAAACUGUAACUUAUAUUCAGAAGGUUUAUCUUUUUAGCGGCUGGUUAAAACAGGAAAUCACUGAUCUUCCAUUUGUUGUUUUAUUUUUUGACAUGAUUUUUCAGACCGUUUGAGGAUCUGCUGGAACGUUAAUAUGAAACUUAAUCCCCUCUCUUUUUCUAAUUUGUCAAUACGGAGGCGGUGGCAUUUUGACCGAUACUGCAGCCUGUCAGUAGGGGGCGAUCUAUAUGUUUUGAUUGUUAUUCUAGUUUAUUUCAUCCCUCUUUUUUUCCUGUUUUCUUUUUUUCAGUUGUUUCAUUUAUUUAGCAUGAUGUUAUGAUCCUGUGGGAUGUCCCAUUGCUGUAAAAUCUGUUCCAUAAAUGCAGGUUGUACUUUAUCAAAUGACCACAAGAUAGCGCCACCAUCCCUUGCAGUGAAACACAACAAGGUUUCCAUCUGCUAAAGCUCAAUGUAGGUCACCUACCGUCAAAACAUUUUCACACUAAUAAACUUAAAGAAUAAAAGAAAGAGUUAUGACUCUUUAAUUCUCAUCCUUGCAUGAUUUCUUUUAUGUCUUUGAUUAGUUGAUUUUUUUUUACAGUAUUUUUACAUCACUAUUCUACAAAGAGGUUGUUGCUGUGUGAAAAACAGUAUUGAUAAAUAUGUUAUUCAUUAAAGGAGCUUCUUGUCUUCAAAAGCCACAGAAGUUUCGCUGACAGACGGGGUGAGCAAGGGAGCGUUUCAAUCUAGAUCAAUAUCUCCAUUUAAUUUCUCACUGUACGUUUAUAUCUUAACCUUUACAAAACCAGGAACAUUCCCACUGAGAUAUAGAAUCUUAACCAUGAGGGAUUUCUGACCAAGGUGAAUAAAAAAAGUUGAAUAAAAUAAGGAGAAAAGGUAAUUCAUAAUCUUUUACUUUUUUUUGUACCUGUCUUUUAUACUGUUCUUGCACUGCUCUAUUUUAGACUAGUUUUUCUAUCUUUAUUUAUUUGUUUUUGUACCCGACAUGAAUGUGUUUGUUUUUUGUACUGCUGCUGUCAACAAUUUUAAUUUCACCACUGAGGGAUGAAUAAAGGAAUAUCUAAUCUAAUCUAAUCUAAUCCAAUCUAAUAUCUAAUCAGUUAUUUUGCAAUCAGUUCAAAUAAGUUGUAUUUCUAUCCAUCUUUUAAUGAAUUUAUUAUCUUCUCUUUAUCCUUUUUCUUAUCAUGACUGAGUCUAUCUACAAACAUCUAUCCACCCAUCUUCAACCAAUCUAUCAUCUUCGUUCCUUCAAUCCAACCAAUCAUUCAUCAACCAUUCCACCAUUUAUUCUCUUUCCAUCAUCAAUUUAUCAAUCAGUCUAACAUCUUUUGUCUGCACCCUUCAUCCAUCAAUCGAUCAACUGUCUUACAUCCUAUGCAUCCAUCAGGCUUUCUUUCCAAACCAAUUAAUAAGAGAUUCAAGAUUCAAGAUUUGUUUAUUUGUCAUGUUCAUGUUAAACAAUGUCAACAGUGCAAUGAAAUGCCCUGGAUGAGAGGACCACUCGACUCAAAGGAGUACAGAUAAAACACAAUAUGCACUGACAGGAAUACAAUAAAAUAAGGAGGCAAAAAUAUUAAAGAUGAAUAAAAGCAUAGGAAAAAUAUUUACAAAGUGCACAAGCGAUGCAGUAAGUGCUGAGUGUGAAUGUAUGGAAUGGAGGAUAAGUCGGUGGCUUAAAUGAAGAAUAAAAAUUGCCAUAUUACACAUGAUAAAUAAUGGUGCUGUAUUGCACAUCACAGAUAAUAUUGCACAGUUAAGUGGGUAAAAUGACUUGAGUUUGGAAAAAUUACUUAACUUUAUACCUUUAAAAGCUUUUUUGAGAGAGAAUACUUAAAUAUUCUUUAAAAAAAUCAAAGGGACUUCGUUUUUUAUCUCAUUUUUGGUGACAGCGAACGUUAAAGAUCCGGUUUCUAAAACUGAAUCGAGUCAAAAUGUGUGAUCGUUGAAUCGAACCGAACCGCCCAUCUCCUGUUGCCAGCGGCGCUCUCUUCCUGAGGUUAGCAUCAGGCUAAUGAAAAGUGCUAACGACACCGAGGAGCCCACCAUUGGCUGUCCCGACUGCCGAGGCUGGCAGGCAGUGGCGACAGGGAAGGACCGGACCGACGGACCUUAUGGUGGAAAUACAGACAGAACUCCUGAGACUCGGACGGAAACGAAGGGAAUAUAAAUUUUAAUGUACAGUUUGGAUUUCCCAAACGGACCUUGAAUCGUCGCUAACGUUCAAUGUUAGCUGGAAGUUUCCGAGUCGAUCCGUGAUGUGGUGACGCGAAGCUAACGUUAGCUGAUGUGCUAAUGAUAGAUGAUCCGAUUCUGCACAUCUUAUAGGAUUUAAUUCAUGAAUUUUUAAAUCUGUUUUGAUAUUUUUAAUAAUGUUCGGUAUAUAUUUAUAAAGAUCUGUAUCAUGUUGUCAACUUUUAUAGGGAAUCUUUAGCCGACCACCUAACUUCGGAUCUGAAAGUAGCGUUAGCUGCCUAGCCGGCUGAAGGCUAACGUCGGUUAGCCGUGACUCCAAGCCAAAGAGCUCUGCUAAAACCAGCUAUGCUACAACUCUUUACACGUCAGCUAACCGUGUCAGAACAUAUCUACCUGUUAUGAGGUUAUUCCUGGAUAACUGAGCUGUAUUUGAGAUGAUGGAUACUUGUUCGUCAUCGCUGAGAUAGACACUUUAUUCCCAAAUCUGAAUUUACAAUUAUCGAAUCUCCAGCAUAUUUAACGCUAGCGUGCUAACGGGGGGGUUAGCCGGCCAAACUUGGAAUCCUGCCCCCUGCUCACUUUCUGUGGGUUUCUCUCUGAGGCCUUUAGGAUCCCUUUUUAUCCUUUUUUUCUGUGCAGCCUUAAUGCAUCCCAGCCCUUGAAUGGAAUUUACAGGCUCUGAUUGACUCUGGAUAUUUGUGGGACAUUAAAUUGGAGUACCUGGACUUUGUUGACUACGAAGGCAUUUGGAAUAACACCAUUUGUCCAAGGUGAGAGGAGGUGUUAACAUGUAGAUGAUGGAGUUUUGUGCGAAACACACUUAAAAACAGGCUGUGUUUGACUGUUUCAACUAUAUAUGCAUGUCAGCGAUGGUCUGAAGUUGCUCUAUGAUCAGACUUUUAACAUAUUUAUAACAAGAUUAAGUGGGUUAGACUGAAUUUAGUCACAGUUUAAUAUGUCAAAUGCACCCGUAUUAGGCUUACAACACAUUGUAGAUUAGGAGAAAACACGAGCACUGAGACAUUUUCUAUCUUUAAUGCCUGUUGGGAUGAGGAUAGGGCUGGGCGAUAUGGUAAGAAGUUAAUCACGAUAUGUAUUUUUAAUAUCGGUCAAUAUUGAUAUAUGUCACAAUAUAAAAAAUGAAAUUUAACAGGGUUUAUUGGUACAUUUUCUUUUGCAAUACAAUAAUUUACUGCAUCUGUUAGGUCUCUGUGUCUCUUUGACGUUUUGUCGUAAGGGGUUGCGUUAGAGAAAGCGGACUGAAUGGUUGGUUCGACGCGGCGCGGACCCGGAGCAACUCCCCUUUUCAUUGGCUGUUUGUAUAGUCUACCAAAACAAGGCAGAAUACUGACUAUCGAAAAGCAUAUUGACUAUGUUUUAUAUCGAUAUCAAGGGAAAUUAAUUUUUGAUGUAUAUCAUUAUCGUUUUAUCGCCCAGCCCUAGAUGAAAAAGACAACCAGAAAUGACACCAUAUGAUUGUGAUGUUUAUUUAUAAAUAAAAACACUGAUACAUAAAGCAUAUUUCAUUACUAUCUCACCCCAGAGUCACCUGAGGUCAGCUGACAGCUUGUUAAACCUUCAUUUGACUGUAUCUAAAUGAUGCAGAAGCCACAGUCUCAAUCUGGCAGCAGGUGAAAUGUACAUGUUGAAUGAGUAAACAAAGAUGGUCUCACAUUUAAUAAAGUUUUAGAUUUAUUGCAAUACAGUAACAUUUUAAUACUUAUAUUGCAGUGCUGGUAAAAGUGCUUUUUUAUGCCUAUAAUUCAUACCUGAUUACCCUCUCAGUCCUUGUUUUAUCACCUUUUCCUCGUGUAAACACGUACUCCCAAAUUUCUCCUACUUGAAGAAGGAUAUUUGAAGCUUAAAUCUUUGUUCGUGUCCUCCUGACUCCAGACCCCGGUUUGUCAUCUUUACUUUUUGAUGUUUGGGAUUUCUGUGCUUAUACUGGACCCACCAUCUGUCACUCCCUCCCAUGGAUGCUGAGUGACCCUCCCCCUCAUAAACAUUGUUGAGCCUGAGUGGCUUGACCUCGAUAAAGAGCGUCGCUUUUGUAUUUUGCUCCUUGUAUGAGUUAAAUAUUCAUAAUCUGAAACAUGUGUUUGUGAGUUUAGUUGAAUAAAAAAGGCAGGUUGUUUUUUUGCCUAGUUAAUUCAAGUGUAACAUCAGGUACGGUGCAGGUUUGAGUGUCGUUGGUGGAAGGUAAAGUGUUGGUGCACUGAAGUGAACACAGAGAUAACAAAUAGGUUUUGGCAUCUCAGGUGAUUCAAAGAAUGAAAUGACGGGAAGCCCGUGCUGCUGCUGCUGCUGCUGCUGAGUUCUUGCUCCACUUGCUCCCAUUUGUAAAUUGUUGUUCCUUGUAUGGAAUGUGAAAUCCAGCUCACAUGAUUCUUGGCUUUUUGUCUAACAGUCUGUCUACAGCACCUAAGCUCCUUGGUGUGGAGGGUGGUUCUAAUUCCCCAGACCUUCCUGCCCAGCUGUUCCUAGAUCUGACGUCACUUAAAGAGCUUCAGACACGGCUAGUUUAGUUGUCUGUGAUUGAUUAAAUGCUUUAGCGAUGUAGGUGAACGGCUGUUUACUCUAGGAAAGCGCUGUGCGGUACAGUAGGACCAAAGCUGGAGUAACAGUUGGUGAGCAGGUCUAGCUGAUUCAGCUCUGCUUUUCCUUCUGCUUCAUUAAUCAGCUGUUUGGAUGGUUUGGUUUCUGAAAAGUACAACAUUUAAGUCACUUUGUUUUAUCGUAAUUCUGACAAAAAAGAAAAUUGAAUUAGUUAGAUUUCUGUUUAAUUAAAGGUGAAAUUAUUUCGAUCAGUGUCCCACAGUGUUUGUGAUUGCAUAUCGAUCACAAACAGAAACAUAUGAAGAGACUCGCUUACAAGCAGACCCAAAAGGUGCAGACUGAAUAGAGCAACGCCUUACGACAAAACGUCAAAGAGACACAAAGACCUCACAGAUGCAGGAGAUUAUGGUGUUGGAAAAGACAUGAGACUAAUAAACACUGUUAGAUUUCAUUUUUAUAUCCUGAUAUUGAUCGAUGUCCACUGAUAUAAAGAAAUAUAUUGUGAUAAACUUUUUCCCAUAUCGAACAGCCCUACUCUGAACAACACAAUCUGCAUUUUUUUUACUUUAAAUACCAUCAAAAAGUAUCAAACUGACAUUCUGCUGCAGGUGUCAAUAUUGUUGUUUUGCUGUUUACAAUUCUAGUAUCAUAACUCUAAUCUGUAGAGCCACAGAUCAUAUAAUAUUUUACUGAUAAUUUAAGGAGAGAUUAUUUCAUUGUUGCUCCAUGUCUUUUUAUGAUUAUAAGUUCAUGUUUUUGGUGCUUUUUUUAGUGACACUGUGUAAUCCCACCAAACCAGAACUCCCAUCAAAGAAGUAUUUUUUGGGGUCCAGAUUGAAUUUUUUCCUAAAUCUGUUUUCCAAAAGUUGCUCCGGAGGUCCAGUGGGAAAAAAUAGAAUUAAUCUAUAUAGUGUUUUAAUCUGCAGGUAUAAAUGUAAACCCACUGACCUUAUAUUUUAGAGUGUACUGUCAUCUUUCCUCUGGUCCUGCUCUGAUUUCUCCAAACCUCUGCUGCAGAUGAUGUGCGAAGUGAUGCCCACCAUCAGCGAGGCCGAAGGGCCCGGCGGGGGAGGCGGCGGUGGUCGUCGCGGCUCCGGCUCUCCUCUACAGUCGGACUCUGAGGGCCACUUUGAGUCGCUGAUGGUGUCCAUGCUGGAGGAGAGGGAUCGUCUUCUGGACACUCUGAGGGAGACUCAGGAGAACCUGGGCCUGACCCAGGGCAAACUGCAUGAAGUCAGCCAUGAAAGGGACUCGCUGCAGAGACAACUGAACACCGCUUUACCACAGGUACGUCACAUCAGGGUUCAUGUAGUCUGUUUUUAAAGAGAACUGGGCUGCAGGGUCGGCCUUUCUGGUCCUGUAUUAUCUGAUGAGAUGAUGGAUAACUGUCCUCCACUCUGGCAGCUCUCAAUUUAACCUUUCUUUAAAAUAGAAUAGAUGUGACAACUUCCCUUUGAGUGUAUUUACUAAAAGUUAUAUUACAUGAACGAGAAACCAAUAAUAUUAAAACUAAAUAUAUGAUGAUUAUAUAACAGGGAAAUGAACCGUCAGAAUUACAUUCCCCAUUAAAUAAAAUUUCUGUAGAAAAAGUCAAUUUUACCGACCAAAUAUGAAACAAGAUUUUUGACAGAAACCUUCUUAUCAGUAAAAAUACAAAGGUUUUUAUAUGCAGUUAUCAUACAUGUUAUAUACAGGUUUUCCUAACAUUUAAGAUCAAUCUCUGUUGAAGAAAAGCACCAUCAGCAGUGUAACACGAAAUCAUGUCAUCAGUUUAAGGAUGAAUUUUACUACCAGAAACAGCUGACACAAAGAGUCAAAAGACCAGGACCUCGGACAGAACCUUGUGGAACACCGUUUGUAAUUUCAUCAAACUGAAUUUACAGCUGAGAAAUGUCCGAGUUCAGAGACUGUAAGAGUGUGUGCUCAUCUCCUGACAGUUGUAGCUGACACACUUGUACAUGCUCUGCUGACGUACAGACACUGUCUCCUGGUUUCCUGCGCUCCUGUCUCUCAUGUCUAUUCAUAGUAAUGUCCAGUUAGUGUCUAAGUUUAACACUGGUGGAUGUUUUUUAAGAGAGACUGUAGAGAUAAAUGUUUGUGUAAAGGAUUAGUCUGUCAGAUAUACUUUAGAAAAAAGUUGUGGUUUUUCCCCAAGUUUAGUAAUUGAGGAAUUUAGUUUUGCACCGUGAACUCCUGAACUUUUAAAAUCUCAACAUGGCAACAUCAAAAGUCAUGUCUUGCAGGAUCUGACCCCAUCCUUUCCUCUUGAGACUUUUUUAAAGUCUGUGUCCCUCAAAAACAGCAGUUCAGUAAAUUCACGUCAGUCUGCUGAUUCACAGGUUUGUCCGUCUCUGUUUGGGAUGCUGACCCCUUCUUCAGAAAGCAGCAAACUUUGUAUUAGGAGGUAAAGGUUAGACCUCACAGGAGAAAAGACUCCGACAUGGCUAAUUUUAAAGGUGCAGAGGUGUGUACACAAAGGUAGACCAGGACCAGGUGGGUUUUCUUUUGGACUUUUGUUUCAGGAGUGGUCUUGUCUGCUUCUUAUCACACUCAUAGUUUGUUUAGAUGUGACUUAACUGCAGUGUGUCAAAGAAGAGGCUGAAGCUCGUAACUGUAAAAUGAAGCUGUUAGGUGGUUCUGAGACCUGCUGUGGUUCUUUCUCUGAUAUUUGCAUAACAAAAUGUGGACAGAGAGCUCUGAUCCAGACUCAGUCCAUCUGCUGCAGGUCCCUGUUUUAUGACUGACUCAUGUUUCUGCCCUCUGGGGUCCUACCUCUAAAACAAAGGGGUCAGGUUUCCAGUUUUUAAUGAUGCAGUAGAGGCUGGUGAUCAUUUAUUUAACGUCGAUAUUGUUUUGGUUGAACAUUCAUCCAGUACAGUGAACUCAGAGAGACGCUUUUAAUCAGGGUUUGUAGUUUCACAUGUUAUUAAACGAUCGGGGGGGAACCAUGUGGCGUGCAGACUGUGAGCGGUCACAGCUAAGAGGAUGACAGAUGACAGAGCCCAGUGCUGAAAGCAGAGAGCUCUGCAGAUUUGGAGAGACCGGAGAAGAGCUCACAAAGCUCUCGCCCUAACAGAUAGUGUUCAAAUAGUUACUAAGACAUGAUGCUGAACAAACUUUGAUCGUACGUUUUCUUGCAGCUGAAAAAAGUCUUAGCGUCCGUUUUCUAACUCUGUCCAAAUCCAAAACACAGAGGUGAGCUCUCAGUCAGCUGUUGUGUUUAUGGAUUCUGUAGUGAAGGCAGCUUUGAAGGUUCUCCUUCAACCACAUCAGGAUUUCAUUUCCUAAACGGACACAGAACUUCAGACUUUCCUUCACAAUAAACACAUUUAGAUUCAUCACAAAUGUUUCGUGUUUACACAAGUUCCUACAGACGUGAAUUUAUGCAAGAGAGGAGAGUUUUUAUCAGACAUGGUUGAGGUCGACGAAUGAUAGCACCAUUUUAUUGUGCUCCUUAUUACAUACGACAGAAUAAGACCUCACUGUCCUCUGAGCGAGUUCCUUUUAUUUCUGUGAAGUUCUCAGGGUAGCUGCACCACAGUAAGUUUGUCCGAUGAGUUAACCUCGACUGGUCCACCGUUUACAGACGGUUUCUGUGUUGAUUGGAUUGAGCGUGAUUCACUGGACUUCAACUUUUUCAACUUUCGCAAAGAAGCAAAUGAAGGGAAUAAAAUUUGUGUGGUUCACAUGUCUGUUUGUGUCGGUCUUUGUUCAGAGUAUUUUCAGGUUGUAGUCAAGGGUUAUCUGCAAUCGACCUUUUUUGACCAUUUGAUAGACAAGUUUCAGACUUUUUUUUCAGUUAUUGUGACCAAAGAAAUCUCAGGAAACAGGAAACUGAAAAUGUUUGUAAAAAUAUGAAGUUACCUUUACUUAAAGCUCGAUUUAUUUACUGUUAAAUUGAACAUUUCUAACAGAACUUGCUGUGUUUGUGAGCUUCUGCUCUUUCUUCAGAAAUGAUUAUUGGUGUUUUUAUUUAUUAAUGGUACAUAGUCGACAGAGCAGAGAUGGUAAAAGCUCUUUUAAUUGUACAAACUCAGAUUGUAGAUAUUAAUCAAAGGAGAGAUUAAAAAAAUCUAGUGAAUCAGAAGAAGCAGAAGAAGCAGGAGCAGUUGACCCUCAGGUUUGUGAGUGAAGUCCCGGUAACCUCGUGUUAACCUGGUGCCAUCUUGACCUGCUUUGUUGGGGUCCGUGGUCAAGUGUCUCAGGCUGGAGUAGGCAGGUAAAGGGAAGGAGGCGUGUUCCUCUUGAAGGCUCCUCCCCCCUGGCGAGAGUCCCCCUGACUGGAAUGCUCCAACAUUCCUCAGUCCUUGCUCACACGUUAACGGCUCAAACUUGAGCGUUUCCCAGCGGGACGCUUCUUCUUAUCUGGUGUUUAGUUUGCCUUUUUUGUGCAACAUUUCUGUAAUUCUGCUCCUGUGGAUGUUUCAGUGACUCACGCUCUCAGUGCAUGCACACGCACACGCACAUGCACACGCAGAGCCAGAGAAUCAUUUCUGCAGUAGAGAGGAAAUCCAGUUUCUGUUCUGACAUGUGCACAGAUGCUUACUUUAAAUUUUUGUUGCAGAGGAGUCCGUUUCUCCCCCGUUACAGUAAAAGCAUGUGAUGUUUUUUUUUUUUUUUUCAAGUAGAAGUGAAAUUCAAGCUGUUUCUGCAAAGAUGUUUGAGAACAUUCAGAAGAAGAAGAAGAAGUGGAAAUGUUUUUGACUCUCUGCUUUUGCUGCAUCCAAAGUUUUCUUUCCCAUUUCUGUAGAAACAGGAACUGCAGUAUUCUUCUCUCUGCUUACUCUCUCAUUUAAAAAUGUCACGUUGAAACCAAGAGAACAGACUCCAUCGUCUCUCAGCUUAUUUUUAAUGUCCUGACUGUCUGUGUGGAAGUUUUCACAUCGAGCAGCAGCAGGUCUGGAGGCUGAGUUUGGGCCCAGCAGCAGUCAGAACUACACAUCUGAUUUUUCUGCAGGACCACAUGUGAGAAAACAUACAAAGGAAAUUCAAAGAGCUGUAAAAAAGUCCAAAUAACCAAAGUUCUCUCAACCUCGCAGUUGAACGGCAAGACAGAGAUUUUCCCAAAUUUGUCAGAGGGUUCUGUUUUAUGUUAAUUCAGAUGGUUGUAAUUAUUCAGAUGUUUGUUUUUACACAUGAUGUCCAGUAAAUGUUCUGAGCGAGAUGCACAGAUUUUUAAAAUCAGGGCAAAUAUGGAGGAAUUGAUUUUUUUAAAAAUACUUGAACUUGCAGUUUCUCAGAUUUUCUAUCAGGCAGGGAUCAACACGUGGGCUCAUUUGAAGUUGGUGUUUUAAGUCUUAAGCAAGUUUUACUGCAAACCAACUGACAGACUGGUGGAGACCCUCAGCUGGAGGCUGCAGACGUAAACCAGGUCUCUGCAGGUCUCUAACCGAACUGACACAAAGACUGAAAGUUUUUACAGAGACUUUUCCCAGACUGUCAGUGACGUCCUUCUCCUCCUUAUCACGUGUUUACUUCUGCUGGAUUGAUUCAGGCCUGGUCAGGGUUAGGGUUCGAGUUCGGGUUAACCAGUGAACAUCUGACAUGCUCACUCUUAUCGAUAAGAACAGAAGAACACAGAGUCUGAAAUAUUAGUCUGCUCUCUUGUUCCACUCUCCAUGGUGUGAGCCUCGCUCUGUAUGUCUGCAGGGAUCAUUGUUCUGAGUCCACGUGUUGAUAUUCAGCGAGUUAAUCAGUUUGUACGCCUCCUUAAGUUCUGCAGCUUUGCAAUCACGCCUGUUAUUUUCACCAUGCAGCUCUGGAAAAUAAAUAAUCUGGGCUGACAGACAUUUGGUCUUAACUUUUAUCAUAUCUAGUUAUAGAAUUGGUGUUUUUUUAUUUCCAAAGAUUCCUUGGAAAAACUGAUAUUAGAGUUUAGCUGAUAUUAGAGUGACUUUGUUUACUACUUUACAUCUCUCUAAGUUUAAAAGUCUGUUUUCAGCAUUUUCCUCGGACACAUAAUACUCCUGCAGAGCUAACAGCCAACGUUUCCGUUCAUAUUUGAGCAGAAACAGGUCAGAGUUUGUCCAACAGGCGACACCACCUCUUCCUCUGAAUCAGCGGUCGGCUUUAAGUUCAUGGAAUAAAGUUAAGACACAGAUAAACAUUGGCGACUGACAUCAUUCAGGGCUUAUUAUUUGCCAACAGGGUGAUAUCUGUCAGCAGGACAAAUGUCAGCCAAUGUUGACGUCAUACUCCAACAUAGACAGCUUUUACAGAGCCACUGUCUUUUUUAGUUAAACCAAAAAUUCAGAUUCAAAGUUCUUUUUUAACCCUGAGCUGUUUUUGAAAACAGAACUUACCUGCUCGUAUCUAAUAAUAACUGUAUCUGGCUUUAAGAGAGCAGAGGUUCAACAGAGGUUGAAGCAUCAUUAGAGCUCCGGCUGAUGAUUUAGUGUGUCAUAUACACACUCACACACACACGUUAUGAUAGUUAGUUUGUGAUUUCUUCUAAAGGAGCGGGUUCAUGGCUCCGACCAAAUCCUGUCUUCUUGUCAGAGGCACAAUGGCGUGGAUUGAGAGCGCAGAGCGGUGAGAUGGAGGGACAAAGAGCGACUUGUUUCACACUGAGACAUGAAAGUGACGGAGUGGUGUCGCCUUUUGACGAGUGAGAUCUGAAUUAGAAACAGACGUAAGAAAAUGACUCGCUCACGGCCGAGCUCCUCCGGUUUGUUCAUCCAGAGAGGAAAACUUAAACAAACUCCUCCUGAUUCUGGUCCAGAUCUUUUAUUUCUGUGGGUUUUUAUCAUUAAACCACUUCGUAUUUAGAGACCGACUAGAUUACAGAAGUUUCCCUUCUGUAAAAAUAACUGAGGCUUUUCUGAACAAAACUCACCUUUGGCCACACGUCAACACCAGCUCCCUUCUCUGUUGUGUUUACUUUUCUACCAGCUGACCAUCGCCUCGCCACAGCUCCGCCUCCUGGUUAAAGUAGUUGGUUAGCUGGUGAAACCCUGAAUACACACGAGGGCGGUGAAGUCCCAGUCAACCGGUCGACUUAUUGGUCGAAACGUGCUGAGUCGACCAAAAUUCUGAUUGGUCGACUCGAUUUUUUUCUGUCAUUUUACAGUCUAUGGUUGACUUAAUCAGGAGGAACGUACCAAGUGUUAAUGGGGGUGUUUUCAGAGCACCCCCGUGUCACAGGUAACAGCCUGUCUCAGAACACCCCCCUUGUUUUCACCAUUUUGGAUUCACCCAACCCGCUGGAGACCGGCUGGAGACAGGAAGAUUGACGAGCGUCCACGUUCAUCAACGUCUGCUGGUUUGCUGAAUAUAAUAUUUAUAUUUAAUUGCCGUCUUGUGCUGAUAUCAGGAUAUUUUCACCACGCCAAGCCGCGUUGUCCCCCACCGUAGAAGGGUUUGUUGUUGGAGUUGGUUUUAAGUCAAUUUUUGGUCGAAAAUUUCAGGGUUUCAGUCGACCAAGAAUUUCUUUGGUUGAUUACAGCCCAAAUAGACACACACACACAGCACUGUUCCGCCCUGUCUGCUCUUUCAGUCCACAGACUGUCUCUCUGACAUUCACAUUUACAGCCAUAACAUAUUGACCACUGCCUCUCUCCAGUCGGUGUCAGACAGCAGGUAAAAAGUGAAUCGUCGAUGUCGUCGUGUUUAAGAGGAAGAAAAAUGGGCGAGAGAACAAAACGCAGUGAUCGGCUUUGACUGUGACCAAACUGUGAAGGUUAGACGACUGAGUCAGAUCAUCUCCAAGAUUAGUUUCUCCGAGGUCAAAGAGAGCCAACAGUUAAGAGUGAUUUUCAUGUGAUAUACUUAAUAGCAGUUAACCAAAUUGAGGAGGAAGUGAGUCAUCCACGGUGAUGUGACUCAGAUGACCUCUUAGCGUUGUUCACCUUCAUAUGAAGAAGUGAGGUGAACAUCACAUAAUGACUGCAAACACCUCAGGUAUUUGCUCCUAUAUGUUCAUUUCCUACAGGCAUAAUCAGUUUGACUAAUAGAUCUAUAGAGAAUAGAAUGGUGUGUAUGUAGAUGCUGCAUUGACUCUAACUUAGACGCUGUGGUCUGUAAAUAUAAAGACAGUGAGGAGGAUGACUGAUGCUUCAGACUGUUAGAUGAACUUCUUCUUCUCUCCCUCUCUGUGUUUGGGCAGCAGUCUCAGCAGCUCUGAAUAGGAGCCAUUGUGGUGUCUAAUUAGUUUUUGACGGUGAGUCCUCCUCCUCCUCCUCCUCCAGGAGAACAGAUGCCCUCUGCAGUGUCCGAUUUCAGCACACGCUGUAAGCUUUUAAGAACAGCUAAAGUCAUUAUGCAGGAGGAAGGCCUAUUGGUUCGAACCCACCUCCAAAUCCAGAACAGUCUGACCAUCAGAUGGUGGAGUGAAGAAAACUAGCUUAAUCUCAAGCCUAUUAAACUGUUGCAAUGUUCUGAUGUGUUGCCAAAUUUUGAGAAUCAGCAGAAGAUCCAGGUCCUCCGAACAGCAGGUCAGACCAAAACAAAGUGUCAGGAGUAAUGAGAGUCUGAGGAAACUUCACAAACACGCAGCUUAAACCGUGGGCAGAGCAAAAACAUCCAGCAGCAUCCUUUAAGAGAACAACACAUGACAUGAUGAGGCUGAACCGUAUUCAGACGUCGUGUUCAAACUCAUUAAGUCCGCUGUCACUCGCCGUUUGUUUUGCAUUCUUGUGCUCCAUGUUGACACAACAGAGAGGAGCCACGCUGUGUUCCUGUUCGCUCCCCUUCAGCAGCAGCAGCAUCAGAGCCGCAGUCAAGUCUGCUCCUCUCAGGCGGCGUUUAACCUACAAGCCUGAAAAUUAGACGACCAAAUUUAAGAGUCAAACCGCUAAUUACUGUUGUUCAUUUUGGAUCUGCAUCGCCUCACAGGAAGGAUUUCCUCCUACAGCAGUGACAUAUAAACGAAUGAACCAAUUUACAUCUAAAAUUUUCUAAAUGAAGAAAGUAUUGAUCUGUGAUGAACUCCAAAGCUUGUUUGUAGUUUUAUAUCGUCUGCACAUGAUGGAGAAAAAGACUACGUAGUUUGAGCAGCAGGUGAGGAAAAUAAAAGUUUUACAGUGAGAGUGAAAUCUUCUUAUCCCCAAAAAUGAUGAAAAAUGUUGCAUCAACUACAGACAUGGUGGCAGCUCAGCUAUCAGCCCACUCACCUGACAUCAUCUUUGUUAAAUGUUUUAAUUAUUUGUUCGGUCUGUUUUUUAAUUUUAAUUUUUAUUAAGCUCCAAAUAAAAACCUCAUGAACCGAGGACAAAGAAGGAAUCCUAACCUGAAUAAAACAGCUAACAUCGGCAUCAGUUCAGUCCCCUGACCCUUUAAACAUCGUCUGUCACUAAAAUCCUCCUGAGAACAUUUUCUUUUAUAGUAAUGCUUUAGUUAGUGUUUUUGUGACCGUCAAAUCAACCUCAAAAAAGAAAGAAAAUAACAGAUAAAUGUGAAAUAACAACUUGAACAGCUGAUGAAAACCUUUGUUUCUUUGGCCAUCAUCAUGUGAAAACCUGUAAUUAAAUUCAUGUAAAAUUUGGUGUUUUAAAUCACUAUUAAUAGAUUUUAGUGCAGUCAGUAGAAUAAAUGCAGAGAGGGGUUUUACUCUGUCAGGGUUCGGGUUCGUAGGUUGUACAUGAUGCAUGUUAUAUGUUUAAUACACAGUGUAGUGAGACAGACUCGUCCAGCAGCACAGACCUCAGCAGUUCUCAGGCUGUAAUUGUGCAUUUAAAAGAAACUGUAAUAUUAUAUUAAAUCAAUCAUAUAAGGGGUCGGGAUGGUAUGAGUUUUGUUGAGUUGGGAACAGGCGAAAGUCCGUCAACACCUCAGAUCUACCAGCACUACAACUGCUGCUGAGAAAUACAGAUGAAGAGCGUCUAUGUAGGAGGUAGAAGGAUAUUAAAGGAGGUGGUGUGAGAGAGCUUCACAGCCGCACAGAAACAGCACAUUGUGGAACUUUCUGGACAUAAUUAAUCAUAAAAGUCUGAAUGUUCUUCCUCUGCUCGUCCCUCCAAAUAAAAACGGUCUGUGAAUUUGUCUGACUUGUGCGCCGAGUUUAGGGUGAUAUUUUCAAUCCUAUAGAAAAACGUUUGGCAGUUUUUCCUCAGAGAAGACCCUGUUGUUUUGUCAGGUUCAGUGUGUUGUUUUAAAAUCGUGGAUUAACAGUAAAGUCAGGUCUAAAUCUGAAACAUCCUGAAUUUGUCCUUUUGUUGUAUUUGUACUCAGUAAAGUUUCGUACAUGCUGCUGUUAGUCCUCAUCUUUCUUGGAAGGAUAAUAAAACAUAAAUAAAUCUCUGAAAAUCUCAGCACACUUCAGUGUUAUCCCUGAAAAGCUCUGUAUGUCCUCUGUGUUUUGGUGUACUGUUCCUUUAAUAGGUUGGCACACAUUUUUGGCCCCCCCCCCCCAUUAAUCCCCUUCCCUGUUCGGAGGCUUAUAGAGGAGCAGCUCAGUCCACUCCCAACCAGCAUGUUGUAGCUCCUCUGAACUGGCUGAGCCUCACACCAGUUCGUCCUGCUGCUGGGAGGACUGGGGUCACGCUCGGCUGCACUCGCAUGUAUAUAAUCUGAUGAUGAGUCUGUCGUAGUUCAUCUGCAUAUUUCAUUCAGUUCAUAUAUUCAGAGAUUAAAAUGAACAUUUGAAUUUAAAGCGUGGUCUUUAUAGACUUUUCAAACAUAGUCGGCGUUAAAGAGGACCCACAGAGAUAAUACGAGCUUACAUAGGGCGCUGCGAUAAUCCCUGAAGUGUUGUGAUGUAAUUUUUUUUGCUACCUACAGACAUUUUGUUUACGUUUAAACCCUUGGUUUUUUUUAAUCUGGAGCUGACUGUGGAGAGGUCUGUGUGUCUGUACGGACAGAGUUAAUGAACAAAAGGAUUAAAACUCUGUCCAGCACAUACACAGCAGCAGAUAUAACCCCAAACUAUGCAUGCAGACGGUGCGUUAGGUUUCCUCAUGUUGUCAUGACGAUCUUGGACAUCAGGUUUUUGGGGUUAUUGUGUGGAGGCAGUUUAAUGAAAAGGUGUCAAUGCAGUCUAAAGUCUACCAGAAGAUUUCAGAGACCUUCAUUUUAGGGGCUGGGCGAUGAACCGAAAAUUUGCAGAUAUUGAAAUCUACAACAAUAACCGACGUCAUUUUGCCCGUGUUAAUAUAUUUGGUGUCCAAAAAAAUAAAUAAAUCAAAGUUAGUUUUGGAUGUGUGUAGGUAGGCUAUGGUCUCAUGUCCCUUUAAGACGCUGUCCUACGUCAGAGACGUGACUCCACCCCAUCCAGUCUGUAACAAAGAGGGAAAGACAGGUGAGGAGAUGGAGGACGGAGAGAAAGUUGGAGCGGCUGAAGUAGACGAAGUUAAAGUGGGGGGGGGGGGUGAGCAGCUUGUGGAGUAGUUAUCGUCCAUUUAUCGUUAUCGAGGUGAACUGAUCAACAUAUCAUGAUAUUGAUUUGAGGCCAUAUUGCCCAGCCCUAAUGGAGAUCCAGAUCUCCUUCUCCAGCAGGACCUGGGACCUGCUCACCGCGCCAUAACUCCCAGAAACUGGUCUGCUGACUUUGGUCUUUCUGUGUUUGAUUGAGUCUGACCUGAACCUCAUUGAGGAUCUCUGCGGUAUCAUGGAGAGAAAGAUGAGACACCAAAGCAACAAUAUCAGAGUAACCUGAGGUCCAGUACCACACCUGCAGACUCAUCACCUCCAUCACACGCCAAGACCUGAGAGCAGAAGUGAACUGAACUUGUUCUUCAGAAUCAUCUGCACUCGUCCAAAUGUUGUUAACCUCUCGUUGUGCUCGUUUUAGUCCUUUUCUAAAGUUUCAGCGCCGUCUUCUUGAACGUCCUCCGUCAGAAGGAGACGGGCAUGUGUGUUUUAUUACAGGACUUUGUUGUGGAUGUGCCCCGUAUAUAAAGUGGGUAGGACCAUCUGUGGGCUGGUUCUGGAUCAGAUUUCCAAACUUUGAACCAACCACAAAGCAGAGGAGGGGUCAUAUUUGUCUGUUUCUGAUCUUUGGUGAAGUUUUACAGACAUGGAGUUAAAUAUAAGACACAUGGAAAUCCCUCCUGUAAUAAUUUAGUGUCUGUGUUUCUUUCAUCCUGGUUAUAUAAGACAGUAGAAACCUCUCGCUCUUUCGUUCUCUCUCUCGGAUGUGUCAGCUCAGCGUGGUCGUUUCCUGCAGCUGAUGAGUCGAGAAAAGAGGGUCAUACACGGCGGACAGAAACCUCGAGAAAUCUCAAGGUUGCUGUACGACUCAACCUCAGCGUCUGCUCUGGAAUGUAGGAAGUAAGCCACUCUGUAAUUACCUCGGGGCCCGCCUCUCGUGAUCCCCGAAGGCCUCUGAUUGGCUGGAAGAAAGUGGAGACCUUGGUCGUAGCCAGUAGCAGACUCCCACUCAUUCCUGUAGCGCAGCAGAAUCUGUGCCAGUCGCUGGAAAAGCUCCGAGGGAAGAGAGAAGAACUGUGGUGGUGACUGAAAGGAACGAUCCGUUCCAGCGGCCCCCCACCCCCAACCCUCUACACACACACACACACACACACACACACACACAACCCAAGAAGGCCUUCCCUCUCAGGGUGUCUGUGCUAGUUUUUGUAGGGCAAAAAAUCAGGAUGGCACAUUCUUCAGGUCCAUCCAUGCAUGUAAUCCCUGAAAGCAAGUGUGUAUGUGUGUGUGUGUGUGUGUGUUUAAGUGUGUGUGUGUGCACGACUGUAUUUGUCUGAAGAGAACCCGAGAGAUGUGUGUAAUGUAAGGUUUGUUCAAACGAGUCUAAGAGAGAAGAAGAAGAAGCUUCCUGGUCGGUUUAACGCCGUUUCUUUAAAUCACCAAAACAACACCGGACCCUGAGGGAUGACCUUUGACUGGUCUUAGUCCAGGGGUUCCCAAACUCUGUCUCACCAAAAUCACCAUGUUUGACGUCCUGACAUACCAACAAGGUCAUGAACAUGUCGUCUCCCUCUUUCUCUGUCAUUUCAGUUAAAGACGCACCUUUUUAGACUUGCUUUUAACUCUGACUAGGUAGUCCUGUACUUAUAGGUUUUUAGCACUUCUACAUACUAUUUUAUUGUAUUAUUUUAUUUUCAUAUUCAUUUUUAUUAUUUCAUCAUUCUUGUAUUAUUCUAUUCUAUUGUAUUAUUUUAUAAUGGUAUUUUUUCUUGUGUUAUUUUAUUGCUUUUAUGUAAAGCACUUUGGGUACCAUUUGGGAUAUUGUAAAGUGCUAUAUAAAUAAAAUUUGAUUGAUUGAUUGAUUGAUUGAUUUCAACUAUGCAAAUACAAAAUAUUACGUCUCAUCUCCGUCUGUCAUUGUCACAUCUACGCCUCGAUAUUACUGGGAUGUUUUCGUUAGAUGCUCUCUCAGGAGGAGGAGGAGGAGUCUUUUUUUAAUGGUUUCACUCUCUUUGUUAAUCUCUUUGUAAAUGUAUCAGGAAGUUUCCACAGUACAAACACAACACAGAGGAAAGAACAGUGCAUACUAAUGAAGAGUUGAGGAGCUUUUACUCACUAGAUCACCUCAACGUCUUGUGGACGCUUUACAAGAAGGCAGGAGUCUGUAUAAGACUAUGUCACCUCCAUUUCCCAGUCCGCUCUGAUCAAAACAAAGAAAAUGGACAUUUAUACAGUAUCUUUGUGUCUUUUUGGAUUAGAAAAGCUCGAAGUACAACAGAGAAGGACAUUAAAAAGAAUAAAAAUGAUCAAAUGUUGGAGGCAGCAGCUCAAUGUUUCUGUUUUUUCUUCUUCUUGCAGGAGUUUGCUGCACUAACAAAAGAGGUGAACGUGUGCCGGGAGCACCUUCUGGAGAAGGAGGAGGAGAUCGCAGAGCUGAAGGCCGAGAGAAACAACACACGGGUUCGUACAAAGUGCUGCCACACACACACACACACACACACACACAGAUUCACACACACUGCAUUACACACUCAGAUAGUUCAUGACCUCCAUGAAACCCUCCUGUUGUUGUGGAAAGUGUAAUUGGCCUGUGCUCUCCUCGUCUGUUUCUGUUUUGGGUAUGAAUGGUUGUCAUAACAGAGUUUCUAUCUUAUAAUCCCAACCUUUGUCACCAGGUCUGGGUGUUUCUAAUCGCUCAGUCAUCAAAAUAUGUCGACCGUUGUGGAUAAUACGUUUCAUUACAAAAAGCUGAUUGUGUUUAGAGAGCAGGAAGAUACCUGAGUCUGCGAGCUGCUGUCAGUCUGCUCUGUCUCUGAUUACCACCUGUUGACUCAUGCAGACCUGCACACAAGUUUUCUAGACUCUUUUAUUGGCAGGUCAGUCGUUUUUAGAAUUUAUUUAUCAUCGCCAAAAAAUCAUCUCAACAAUUCAAAUGCUCUAGAUGUAUCCCAGCUCUAUGAGGCAUGGAAAACAAAUGGUUUUAUUGUGGUAGUACAGAACUCUAAUAUGUGAGAACUUGUACAAAUGUGACAAAAUGUGAAAUGUGUUGUUUCUUGACAUGGAACAGCUGUUCCCACACCUUUAAAAUCGUCUGUUUUUGCCGCUCAAUUCUCCGCCGUUUCUGCUCUACAGCGAGCAGAGUGAAAAGGACGAUGGGCACAGAUGAGACGAUGGUCUUUGUGGUUCCUACUUCCCUUCGCUCUGCUCCACUGAGGCAGAAACACAAACUUAUACUUUAGUCAGGGAGACCUAUGGUUUUAUUUGUCGCAUGUCCACAACAGCAUCAGGAUUUUUCUGCUCUCAUGAAAUCCUGAAACUGAAAUCGUUGGUUUAAAUCCUCGUGUAUCCUUCAAGAUUUGACUUCCUUCUGUGACUCAAAACUGUGAAACGUCCUGAACUGUCAGAUUUGUGACUCACUGCACCUCUUAUAGUCAGACACAUGAAAACAUGUCCACGUUAUCCUGCCCGUGUCAACAGGCUGACACCGAAUAAACGUGUAAUCUCCUCAUAAAAAUACAUGUGAUGUUGGGUUAGUCUGAUUUAAGGAUCGUCCAAUAAUUGGCCCUAAAAAAACAUAUUAGUCGAUCUUUAGUCUGACGGUCUCUGACCUUCUGACCCUGUCCUUUGUGUGUCCAGCUCCUGUUGGAGCAUCUGGAGUGCCUGGUGUCCCGACACGAGCGGAGUCUGAGGAUGACGGUGGUGAAGAGACAGGCUCAGUCUCCAGCAGGAGUGUCGAGUGAGGUGGAGGUCCUCAAAGCCCUAAAGUCACUUUUUGAACACCAUAAAGCCCUCGAUGAGAAGGUAGGACCGAGCGUUUGAGAGCGUGUUGAGGUCUGCUGUCAUGACACCAACAGUCUGAGGUCAUGAAAGAAUCAGGACGGGUGUGUUCAAACCUCUGUCUCUGAUUUCAGGUGAGGGAGCGACUACGUGUUGCCUUGGAAAGAUGCAGCGCAUUGGAGGAACAACUCGCCAUCUCGCACAAAGAAGUAAACAAACACAGCUGAUUACUAACUGAUCAUGUUUUUGUGUGAAGUCUCCAUCUGGACACUCGUAGGAUCCGUCAUUUUUCAGCUUGUUUGUGGUGAUCAUGUGACCUAACCCUAACUUAGUGUAGCUGAGCAUCCUGGACUCGCCGACCUGAACUUAACGACAAAAUAAUAACUAGGACAACUAGCAGCUACGGCCUCAACUCUAUUUUAUGAACACACAAUCUGCCAGAUUACAACAACAAGCGCACUAACAGAUGGUCCAAAAGGGAAGUGCAAAGACAGGACAGUCUGUUGCUUUAGCAUUAGCAUUAGCAUUAGCAAUCCCAGAAGUGUGGAAAUGAUUCAAACCAGAAAGUGAAAACAGUCUGACAGCCAACCUGCAUGUGUAAGAUGAUCGUUGUGGUUGGAUGAUAGCAGCGGAGAUUUAAUACGACAUCUGAAGAGUGGAACUGUCGCGUCGAGGCGGCCUUGUUUUCGCCAGUUUCACAGCAGAGUGUGUCAAACAGAUCACAUGUGACUUUUACAACGAUGAGGUUCAGAUGAAUAAGAUGAAAACAUCUUUGAGUUAUUGAGUUUAUUUUAAUGUUGUAGAAAAACAGUGAGAAGCUUGAUUAUCUGGACAAGAACAAGAAUCACAUCUUAGUGUCUGCAGAAGCUCCGUAUUAAAAAUCUGAUCAGGAUUGGGGUCCAAAAAAAGUCCAAAAAAGUGAUGUCCAUGCUAAAAAAAAAAAAUUUAAACCAAAAAGCAGUAAAAUCCUCAUAAAUCAGAUGCAGCGUGAACGUGGCGUGGACUGACUCUCUGAUCCACAUGUGUGCACAUGCAUGAAAAGAGGAGAAGAGUCCUCCACAGUCCACUGUGGGCUGAAUGGGAUUAAGAUUGACAAAAGGCCCAGAGGAUCUUUGAGGAGUGUCCUAGAUUUCCUCUCUGCUUCAUGCUGCACUCCUCUUUUGUUCCCGGGAAUCCGCCUGGGACCACACACACACGCGCACACCAACACACACCAACACACACACGUCAAAUCAACCACUUGCCAAUUUGCUUUUAUUAGUAACUUCACCUCCUAAGGCAGAGCAGCUUCUUUUCUCUCUCUGUGUUGUUUCUUUCCCUGCUCUGGAGUUUAUUAUAUGCUGCUGCUGCUGCUGCUGAGUAUUCAGAGGAGUUCAGGACCAGAAUAGCUGUGGUUUGAACUCAGGGCUGUGGGCGCUCCAAGCAGCUCGCUCUGCUGCUUUGUGUCCCUGUCAAACACACACAAACACACACACACCAACAGUUUUUGAUGAACCAAAAGGAAAAAAAAAAAGGAGUUAUAGAAGAAAGUAGCUGUCCGUUUUAUUUGAUGGUGAGGGUGGUCAGUGAAUUAAAGGUGUUAAACCGACGGUUGUUUCCUCAGCUGGCUUACCUCAGGGAGCAGAGCAGCCAGAAGAGAGGGCUGGCAGACGGAACCAGCGAGGUCAACCACAACUCUGAAAACACGCCCAGCACUAACGGCAAGGUGAGUCCGCGCAUGUCCGACACAGACACACAGAUACAGGUGCAUCUGUUACCUGUUCACUCCAUUAGACUCAGUUUGAAUGAAGGAAACUGUUGAAGAGAAACAACAAACAAAAUAAUCUCUGAUCACAGAUGAAAUGCUGUGAUGUUGACUAUAGAUGAACCUGCAGGGAAGAGGUUAUUUCACACCGGUCUUAACUCUCAGUUCCUGUUAAUUUGAAGCUCCAUCCAGCCAACUUUGUCCCCAAAACAGACAUGCAGAGAAGUGUCCAUAAAAUCAUCAUUUUUAAACAUUUUUUCUUCCUUUUUUUUACUCAAAUCUCUUUAAUGACUUCAGCCCUAACCAUAAAAAUAAUAAUAAGUACUAAUAUCAAUGUAUCACCCUUUUAUACCAGUUAUUGUGCGCCACGUCGUAAGACUUGUAUUUAUUGAUAAUGUGUGCGUUCUAACCACGUGUGUCUAUUGGAGCAGAAAAACACGCCAUUUUCAUCUUCUUUUCUCGAGCCUCGUCCUCGACCAAAUCAAAUGUGAUCAAAUUCAUUUGUUCAUUUAGAUAAAUUCUCUAUAUAGGCAUAUAAAAUCAGAAUAUAUAUGUAGGAUAAGAAUCACUUUGAGUGCUCAUAGUCCUUUUUUUUCAUUUUGUGUUCAGUUAACUGUAUUUUAAAGACUGGAGGAGGAGGGCAGACUGGACUGUGUCCAGGUUCCUGCUGACAGACAGACAGACAGACAGACCUGCAGUGUGUGUCUGCUGAAGAUAGUAAGACAUCAGUGAUUCAGAGCUGGAGGAGACGCUCAGACUCAUCAGAACUCAGAGAGAUGAUGAGUGAAGGAGGUCUGAUCAGAACUCUGACAGAUAUUUGGUUUUUCAGGGUCAUAGAGGUCUACAGCUGAUUUUUACUCUCGUCUAAAUGAUGUCAGGUGACUCUGAUUUGUGUUUUCUUUCUAUCGUAGCGGUCCUCUGACGGUUCCCUCAGUCAGGAGGAGGAGUCAGGGCUCGGGUUCGGGAAGGUGGGUGAGCUGCAGGACGUGGUGGACCGUCAGACGGCCGAUCUCGGCCAGAUGAAGGAGCGCAUGGCUGCUAUGGCUUCACGCAUCAACGAGCUGGAGGAGGACCUGGACACGGCCAGGAAAGACCUCAUCAAGUCUGAAGACAUGAACACGCGGUUACAGAGAGACCUGAGAGAGGUGAGGAGGACCGGCUUCAUCUCUGAGAUCUCUGUUGGUCAUGUGUCUUCUCUGAAAUCUGAAAGUCAGAGAGUGGAGAUCAUGUUUGGUUUUUGUGUCCACAGUCGAUGGCUCAGAAGGAGGACAUGGAGGAGAGGAUCACCACUCUGGAGAAGCGGUACCUGGCAGCUCAGCGGGAGGCUACCUCCGUCCACGACCUGAACGACAAGCUGGAGAACGAAGUGGCCAACAAGGAGUCCCUCUUAAGACAGGUACGGUCCGCAGUAACACCGUCUCUUCUGUCGUCAGCUCUGUGGGUUAGCUUUUGGAGCAACUUUAACUAGAUCUACUGUUGGAGCGUCUGCUGACAGGAACAGAAACUCUAAAAUGAUGAUAAACAGUUUCCCAAGAAGAUGAACUACAACAGUCAUGACAAAUUCUUCAGGGUUAGGAGAAGAGUUUGAGUUUGAGUUUUUAGUUUACUCAGUCAGUGUCAGAGAUGGACGUAAACUCCUCGUUUUACAGAACUGUUCCUGCCGACAUGUGCAGCUGCUUCGGCUCUUUUUUCAGUGACUCCUGAGUCCAGAACGGCAAAAUUAUCGACCCUAUACCGGGCUAAAAGAACUGGGUCUUGUUUACUCUGACACACACACACGCAUGCUUAGUCUAUGGAGUGAUCAAUAAAUGUUCUGAUCAGGUAUUAAUGUGUGAACAGGGAGCAGCUCUGAGACUUAAGAGAGCUGGUUUCUGUUUUCAGAGGAUGUUCAGGUCCAAAAACGCAGCUGUUCAGUUCUGAGUGUUGAUGAGGAGUUUAAGUCAUCCCGUCCACCAGAACAUCAGGAACACAGAUCCAGUCACUUGUUAAACCAACUCUGAGGGUCUGAGUCCUGGUUGAUUCUGGUCUUGGUUUUGAGUCCUGGUUGGUUCUGGUCUCGGACUCUCAGGGUUUCUGUGCCAGCAGGACUCGCCCUCGGUCCUGGCUCCAGUUUCCAGACCCCUGCUAAUGAAUUCCUCAGUAUUCAGAGUCUGAAUGGGACGCCUCAGAGACACUGGUUUAUUUCUCUGCAUGUCCUCGCUCUGAUGGAGACAUCUCUCUCUCUCCUCUUUUCUCAGGGGUUUUGUCCGUCUUUGUGUCAAUAUGAAUGCUCUCAUCCUGACUUCCUGCCCAGCCCACCCUCACACACAGCCCCCCUCCCUGUCUCCUUUUGUCCCCCUGCCUCCCUUUCCCUGACCAUGGCUUUUAUUCCUCUCUCUCUCUUCACCUCGCGGCGCUCAGUGCGAGCCUGGAGGCCAGGAUGUAGCGCAGACACGUCUUUACCUUUCACGUUAAUGACUGUUUGCUUUUGCUUUGUUUGUCGUAGACGGAGGACAGGAGCCGGCAGCUCCAGGAGAAACUGGAGCUGGCUGAGCAGAAGCUGCAGCAGACCAUCCGCAAGGCCGAGACCCUGCCUGAGGUGGAGGCCGAGUUGGCCCAGAGGGUCGCUGCCCUCACCAAGGUACCGACACCAGCUCUGAAACCUGUCCCUCAUGUCGUUCAAACAUUUAACUGAUUCAGGAGUUUACAGAAAGAUUAAAACAAACAAACAGAAACUAAACAGACUCUCGAAUCCUGACCUAAACCCACAGCAGGCUCCAGUUUCUGUCCGUCUGAAGAGCCUGGAGCUCCAGGAGAGGAAGCUGCUGAGGAAGCCCUUGUUUAUGUUCCUUCAAAUAUCCACACGGACCUAUUUUUAGAGAUUCAGCUCAUGUUUUUAUCCAUUUAUAGUUCCAGUCUUUGUCCCGGACAACACAUGAACCCACACAGGCGAUCCAACACCUUAUUAGUAUCUAAACUGGCUCACAGCGCGUCUUUGUGAGUCAGAACUUUGAGUCUUUCUCUCAUCAGAGACGCCUCCCUGAGAUAUGACGCUGCAGUUCGUCCCGCCUGGUUUGAUCACGUUUGUUUAUGUGAAUGAAAAACGAGGAUUUAAAGUCACACAGUCACAGAAAAAAACAUGUUUAAUCCUGGUUAUUUACCCAGAAUACUUCAGCAGCUAAAAACUGAAGUAAUAUCUUUAAGUGUUGUUGAAUCGUCUGCUUGAAACCGUCUCAUUGUUAACCUGCUGAAGCUCAUGUCUCCAUGUCUCCAUGUCUUUCUGUCCUGCUCUGUUUUUGUCGAUCUCCAUGCUGCCUGUUCCUCCUCAUAGUGUGUUCUGUGUGGCUCUAAAGAAGCUAUCACUCAGAAGAAGGUAGAUCAGUUUCAUUCACAGACAUAAACCCGACCUCCUGGACUCUGGAAAAAUCUGUGUCACUGUUUGAUUCUGUCCCUGAACGUCACCAGGCAGACGAGAAAAAACAAAAACCUCUAAACUGAAGGAGAAUCUGGUUUGUGAAGGAUUUCCUCGGCCCGCCUGGUGAAGUUCAGGGUCAGACUGAAAAUCUAAAAUCGCAGCAGAGCCUGAACCCGGCCCUGACUCCUGACUCGGCCUUCUCUGUCUGCCUGUGUUUGUUGCUUCAUGUGCUGGUGGGCUUUUCCGUUUUUGUUUGGUAUCUAACACAAACAGGAAGUGCCAGCUGAUGUGUUCAAAGACCCGCAGAGACCCUGCCCGUCCGUCAGAGUCCACAGAACUGGGACAGACUGUGCACCGAGAAAAUGUUUCCACCUCUCUUUCAUAAACAAGAGCCGAUAAACUGAGAAAUCCUCCUGAUUCUGUUUAAAACUUGUCUGAUUGCUCAAACGUUGAUGAACUCGUCUUUUAGAAAUCCCGCUCUGAUCUGGUGGUAGAUCUGAAUCCUGGGAAGUCUUUGCUGCUGUAUUUGUUUUAGACUCUGUGGGUCAGAUUGCUUUCGCUUCAUUCAGCUGGUGUGUGGUUUCGCUCUUUAGUUUUUAUCUAGAAUAUUUAGGUUUUGUCGACCCCAUCCUUCUGAAGGACCUCAGAUUAAAAACCUCAAACUGAGUCGAUCUUCGGCCUCAGCGAGGUCCUUCUCCAGGAUGGACGACUAAACGCUCUAGGGGACAGUAAAGACUCUGUGACAACAACAUAACCGAAUAAUCGCACACAUUUGGGUUUAUUCUCACUAAAGGAAUCGAGCGAUUGUUUGAUUUUUACUCCUCUUUCAGGCGGAGGAGCGGCAUGGAAACGUGGAGGAGAGGCUGAGGCAGAUGGAGGCUCAGCUGGAGGAGAAGAACCAGGAACUUCUCAGGGUGAGAAACCUGCUGCGAUUACUCCAGCCCUGCUUCGAAAAUACGGGGCUGUGAAACACAAAUCACCGAUCAGGGAGUGAUCAUGUGACCUUUUGUUUUUUUAUUGUUUUAUCACAUCUAUCUGGUGUGUUCAGCUUCUCUACCUGAACCCAGAAAACAUGACGUGAGACUGCAGCUGGUUCUUUAUCUUCUCUUCAUUUUAGGAUUUAUUAUUGUUUUUUUUUUAAUGGGACAAUUUGCAUUAAUGAACAUUUACAUGUAAAUAUAUGGGAUUAUAGCCGAGCGGCUAAUUUUCAUCCCCAGUCCCAUCAGCAGGUUGGUGUCAAAACAUAAAACCAAACAAACAUCAAUAAUAGGAGUAAAACACACAGAGCGUUUCAGCGACAAUAUAGAUGAAAAUACAAACCAACAAAUUUUUCAUCUUAAAUAUAUAAAAAAAUAAUAUAAAUGGUGUUGUGAUGUUUAGAUUAAUGCAGUUUCAUUCAGCUUUUAAUUAAAUAUUAAUUAUUAUACAUUAAUACUAUUGUCAGUUACAGAUAUCAGUAUAAUAUAUUGCCAUUAUCUUAGUAUUAAAAUGAUAAUAAUAUAUAGAGAAAAUAAAAAUGUAAAGUUACAAAACAAUCCAAUAAAAAUAAUUUAAAUAAAAGGUAGUAAUUAUUCAGUGAGAUACACACUGAUAUAGAAUAUUAUCUAUACAUAUAGUUCACAGACCUGCCUUCUCCUGUUUGUAUAUGAACUAGUCAAUACUUUCCACUUAAAGUUAGUCCACAUUUAGAAGUAUCUCUAACCGGAAAAGAAAAAGAAAACAAAAACAAAACAAAGAUCAAAUAAAUAAAAUAAAGAGUUACCUGAAUUAUAAACAUACAGCCCAAUUAUAGACAGUAACUAACCCUUAAGUGGUGAAUCUGUGAAAGGUAAAUCAUAUCUAUAUUCAAAUAUCUAUAUGUUUUGGUAACGAUCUGGUCUAAUUAGAGCAUUUUCAAAGUCUAAUCUAAGUAAAGUAUAGUACAUUACCUUUGACCUCAGCAGACUCACAGACUCACUAACUCGUUUGUUUGUUUCAUACACCGUUAUAAUGAGUUUACCUUUAACCCGCUGGUCUUCCUGUUUGUUCAGGCGCGGCAGAGAGAGAAGAUGAACGAGGAGCACAACAAGCGUCUGUCAGAGACGGUGGACAAACUCCUCUCAGAGUCCAACGAGAGACUCCAGCUUCACCUCAAAGAGCGGAUGUCCGCUCUGGAGGAUAAGGUGAACACAUGAAUGUGACGCUUCAUGAAUCAGAGAACCGCAGAGAUUAGAGUCAGACCAGUCAGUUCAUCAUUUACAAUAAAUACUUGUCUCUCAGCUGUGUGUGUCCCAUGACUCUGAAAGAGAGAGACUGUUUACUGGAUCUUUAACUCAGUCUCAUGUUUUCACAGAAUUCCCUCAUCAGAGAGCUGGAGCACACCAAGAAGCUGAUCGAGGAGUCUCAUCACGAGAAGGUGAGGGUCAGAUGUACAGGGAUGUUUGAACAUUUCUGUGACACUGGAGGAUGAGUUUAGAGACGAAAAAACUGUCCCCUCAGUAAUCUGUCAUUGUCACAGAAGAGGAAAGACCAAAUAUGGAAAUAAAGACAAGAAUAUUCACCAUGACUGAAAGUCUGCCCUCCACGGUCUGAAGUCCUCACUUAUUUACCCCCAGUUUUCACCGCAUCCAGAACGGCUCCAAUCUGGAAUGGCAGUGAUUUUUGCCAUCCGCCAAUUCCUACUGGAUCCGUUUGUUAGGCGAAUUUCGGAAAGCAGUAAUUGCGAGAAUUCAGAAGACCCACAGAUUCACGUACAAUCGCGUGAUUACAAGUUGUCUCUCUAAAGACAGACACAUAGACAUAUAAGCAGUAGAUUGUGUCCUUCCAGAGGAGGAAAUCUACUUCUAGACUUCUAGAAUCAGCAUCUCCUCAUCCAUGGUGUCAUCAGGGUGAAAUGACGUCUAAAAACCUUUGACUUGUUCGUCUCCGCCCAUUUACAUGGUGUGAAAUACGAUCCUCCUGAAACACGGAGUGUUUUAUUUUGAAAAGAAGCCGGAUGUUUUAUUUUGUGUCUGUGCCCGACUUCCUUUCCAGCACGGGUUAAUCUGUGCUGAAUUUAUCCGCCAUGCUCCGGCGUCUGAAAAAAAUGAACUCUUGCGAUCAGCUGUAGUCCAGCAAUCUGCAGUGGAACGGAAAGAAGUCUGUGGAAAUUGACACGUUAACUUGAAUGGAAACGAUCAGCUGCGAUCGGAGGAUACGACCUUUAGUAGCCAUUGCGGUGAAAAUUGGGGGUUACACAGAAAUUUCUUCUGAAUCGAUUGCUUUUGUCUGGUUAGCCCAGUAAACCAAUCCUGCUUCUGAGUAGAGCUAGGUCCGCCCAAUUCCUUUACGUAUUUACUUUUCCACUGACAAAAUGGACAAAGAAAUACAUCAAUAGAUAAAUAAAUGUGGAAAAAAUGCAGAAAUACAAAAAUUUAACUAAAUAUAAAUUUAACCACCUCUGUGUGUUUGUUCGUGUCUCUUUAGGAGCAGCUCCUGAUCCAGAUCGAGACCAUGAGGGCUGAGAGCGAGCAGGGUCGCAGCAGGAGUAACUCUUUACUACACGGGUAAGAAGACGGUCAUGGAUCCUGGUCCACGGUCUAAACCUCUCCGAGCUCACAGGGUCUUGACCUUUGGUCUCUGUGUGUCUUUGUCGCAGACGCUCUCAGCUGGGCAGCACUCCAGAUUUCAGGUAUCCGGUCUCCGCCUCCUCCAUGAUGGACAGCAACUCCGACCACUAUGGCAGCGCUCUGGUGCUGAGGCGGCCUCAAAAGGGACGCAUGGCGGCGCUGCGGGACGAGCCAUCCAAGGUCGGCGCACACACUGAUGUGGUUUUCAUUUUUAUCAACAGAGCGAGUUUUUUAAAUCAAGUUAGAGGACAAAAAAAAGGCUGAAAUGUGGAGAGUUCAUCAGGGUUUCCUGAAGAUCUUCAAAACCUCUGAAAUUUGAUCUAUAAAGUUCGAGGCCUUAAGAAGUCUAGACUGAUUAAUGUCUAAAUACUGGAUCACGUUUGGCCUUUGACCUCUGAGUGACUGUAUAUUAGAAAAAGUCUUAACUGUCCAAACAGCCUGAAAAUCGUCACUCUCCUCGCUAUCUUUCACCUCCUCUGAAAUCCUUGAAUCCGCUGUCAGGGUCCUGGUGUGUACUUUUUGUGUUUGUGUACUUUUUGUUGUGUACUUUUGUGUACUUGUGUGUGUCUCCUCGCUCCUCCGUCUGCUUCAGUCUGAUGUUGAAGUUCUGUCUGAUGAUUUCCUUCCUCUCUGUUUCUCUCUCUUUGCUUCCACUUUGGACUUCAGCGACAUGUAAGUCAGUGUGAUGAUGGAGAAGAUCCACGUAAAACUUUUGUGUUUUUUAUUCAUGAGAAAUCCUCCUUCCUGCUCUCUUCUCGUCUGCUCUUUCAUCCUCUCCUCUCUCUGCUUCACUUUCUGAAUUCUCUCCACCUCUCCGUCCGUCUCUCACUCGUCUCUUUAUUCCCUCUCUUGAACCCGCGUUGAUGAUCCAGGUUCAGACUCUGAAUGAGCAGGAGUGGGAGCGCAUGCAGCAGGCUAACGUUCUGGCUAACGUGGCCCAGGCCUUUGAGAGCGACAUGGACGCCUCAGACCUGGAGGAGGACCGAGAGACCAUCUUCAGCUCGGUGGACCUGCUGUCCCCUGGUGGUCAGGCGGACGCACAGACCCUCGCCUUAAUGCUGCAGGAGCAGCUGGACGCCAUCAACAAUGAGAUCAGGUAAAAGCGUCUCCACGGUGAUUAGAGCGAGCUCUAAACAACACCCCGCUUUAGUUAACCCUUUGUUUUCCACCGUCCAAUCAGGAUGAUCCAGGAGGAGAAGGAGAGCACCGCCAUCCGGGCGGAGGAGAUCGAGUGCAGGGUGGGCAGCGGGGAGAGUUUAGGAGGACGGUUCAGAUCCAUGAGCUCCCUCCCUCCCUCACUGUGUGCAGGAUCCUCUUUGGGGGGAUCUCCUCCUGGUUCUGGGCACUCCACCCCCAGACGAGUCCCCCGCAGCCCCAACAGAGAACUGGACCGCAUGGGUGUCAUGACCCUGGUAGGACCUUCUCACUUCCAUUGACUCUCCGACCUUCUCCUCAUGAUCUCCUUGACUUGAUUUGUCUUGUUUAGAUCUUCUUCAUGAUGUUGGUUCCAGUUUUUUGAACCUGAGCUCUAUUUCUGACACGAUCAGGGGUUCAGAUAAACUUGAUCAAAGUUUGGACUUCAGCUGACAUCUGCUGAUCAGACGGGGACGUCUGAGAGCAAACAAGCCGGACCAAAGUUUGUCUGCUCUCAGUUCAGGUCUGUCCACCGACAGGCUCUGAAGACAAUAUGGAAAUGAGACUUUUUGAAGCUUUAUUUUAGGACAAGUGGACAACACCAGCUGACAGAGAGUUAUGUCAGGGAGAGACCGACUUUAGUCAGUAUGAAGACUUGUAGAUAUUUGGAUUAGGACAGUAGAAGAGAUGUCAAACUGAGCUGGAACUUUGUUUAGAGGUCUCAAAACUGAAAAGUUUAGUUUACAGUUGGAUAAAUAACAGAAAGAGGCAAAAGUCCACCGACAGAGUUUUCAGUGAAGACAGGGAUCCUCUCAGUUCUGUUGUCAGACUCUCAGAAUAACAAUCUGAGUCUGCUGUCAGAGGAAGAACAAACACUAACAUGAACAUGUUUGGAUAGUUAGAUUUUCCUGCAGGGAUCAUUUUACAGUAAAGUUCGUCUGUUCGGUCUGAAACGAUCAGAUCUUUGAACCCUCAGAAUCAGCAGAAACAGGACUCAGGUUUGAACGGAUCAGAACUCACAGCCGGGUCACGUCUUCUUCUUCUUCUUGUAAUAAUGUCAGUGUUGCUGUUUGUGCUCAUUAGUCCAUUUAGACUCUAAGGACCCCCCUUCACCUUUCUGCGUUAACCUAAUGUUUUGAUUUUUGAUUUGUUUGUGAUCGUCGUACUAACGGUUUGUGUUCAUGUCUGAGUGUAUUUAACCGUGUGUGUGUGUGUGUGUGUGAGUGUAGCAGUAUUGUUAUGACCCCUACAUCAUCCAGAGCUCAGUCACUUACCUUCCAUACGGUGCGACUGGCUUCAGUCCCCCCCCUCAGGCUUAUAGCUAUGCUCCUUACCUGCAGGUAUUUGUCUCUCUCUCUCUCUCUCUCUCUCUUCCUCUCUCCUCUCUCUCUCUCCUCUCUCUCUCUCUCUCUCUCUCUCUCUCUCUCUCUCUCUCUCUCUCUCUCUCUCUCUCUCUCUCUCUCUCUCUCUCUCUCUCUCUCUCUCUCUCUGUCCUCCUGGGUGGGUGCAGCAGCAGCAGCAGUCUGCCUCUGUCUCUUUAAAACGCUCCUUUUCACACACCUGGAUUACCUGCCCUACAGACAUGUCACUGAGAUCUCUGUCUGCAGCUGAACGUGUCGCUGGUUUUACUGCGAGUUCAAUCUCAGGCUGCGUGUGCACGUGGAUUCAGUCUGUCAGUCUGAACAGGAGUGUGGAAGAACUAAGAAUGGAUUACAUAAAUGCAUCAAAAUAGAUAUUAUGAUAGGGCUGGGCGAUAAACCAAAAAUUAUAUACAAAUUUUUGUAUAUUUGGUGUCAAAAAAUAAAUAAAUUCAAAGUUGGUAUUGAAUGAUAUGAUACUGAUUUAAGGCCGUAUCGCCCAGUCCUAUGAUAUGAUAUUGCAAACACACCCGUAGGUGAGAUUUGUGCGUCCAGAAGUCAGUCAUGUUGAUUUUUUUUAAACUAGCACAGCUUAAACAUAAAAAAACAGGUCUGUGUAUCUAACCUGUCGACUUCACCUGGACGGGUCAUUCAUGGAGGGGUGUGUUCAUAUUUGACAGACUUCAGAGUCUCUCUGAUGUGGUGGUGAAGUUUCAGAGAGGAGCCAGUGUUCGAUGGUCUUUAUGAUUUAAAAGCAGAACCGGUCUCAAAUGUUCUUUUAAGUAUUUCCAAUGAACCGACGUCUCUGCAGGUCAACUGUGAGUCUGGGAAACACAGAGCAGACCAUGACAAUGAUAAUGAUGAUAAAAGUAAAAGUUCACGUGACUGUUUGAAGUCGAUUAUCACUAAACAUGUGAGUGAGCGAACAACGACUUUAAAGGGAAACACCACAAAGACGCUGUAACUGACUCCCGAUCCAGCUGAGGUGACUCUGAGCGCCAUCAUACAGGUUCAGGGAUUCGCUCUCAGUCUGGACCCUCCAGGACCCUCCCAGGUUCACAGGUCCACCUCAUUAAAGGGACCCGAACCCUCACAAGCCGUGGAUGGCGACCAAGAGAGUGACGUCCUGUUAUAGGAGGCAGAAAUGAGGUCAGGAGUUCAGACUUUCAGAGGGAGCCGAGACUGUGAGGAGGAGUCAGCUGAGGUGGUUCAGACUUACGAGGAGGAUGUCACCUGGACUCCUCUCUGUGGAGGUGAUCUGGGCACACCCAGCGGGGAGGAGGAGGAGGCCUCGUAGUACACCCAGAGUUUAGAGGAGGGAUUAUAGAUCCCAUCUGGCCCCGAUGCGCCCUGGGAUCCUGCAGGAGGAGCUGGGAAGCUUUUCUGAAAGGAGGUCAUCUGGUUGAGAUUGUGAGCAGAUCUUGGCUGAGUGAAGGAGGAGGUGAUAGGCUGAUCCAUUUUUGACAGUUUUUCUGCUUUUACACGUACCUGAACAUCUUAAUACCUGAGUGGAUACGACUGAUGUGACAGGAAGACCCCGGCUUUAGGUUCCCGUCUGUUUUCAUGAAGAAGAAAAAAACAUCAUGGUCCUUCAGUUCAGUGUUGUCCUUGUUGUUUAUUUAUUUAUCCAUCCGUCUUUGAAAGCAUCAGAAGGAUGAGAAACACAGAAAGCACGAGCGGAGACAAAGAGCUCUUCAGGGUCAUUAAAUUGAAUUUCUGCUCACCCCCUCAAUUUCCUCUUCCUGUUCACUUUUUAUAGCUCUCUAAUCGGCCCCUGCUCCGGCCUCUCUGUGUCAGUUGAGGAAAGGAAAUGAGUGAUUAGGUCUUUUCCUCCUGAGGGCAAAAGAAACUCUUAGAAAUGUGGCACGCUGAUGGUUUAUUUGCUCUGCUAAUGCCAGGUGGGUGAGGAAUGCAGAGCGGGAGAUGAUCUGCUCCGUUUUUAAAGGUGGAGAAUAAUCUGUCCUGAAGAGCCGUGGUCCAUCAACCCUUUACUGAGAGCUGAAUAUCAUAGAAAUCAUUUUAAGAUUAUCUGUAUUAUAUUAUAGUCAAUAAAGGGUGAAUCAGGAGUUUUCUCUCUUUAGUUUCCUUCGUUCUCCUUCAGGCAGCAGCACCCGCCCUCCUCCUCCUCCUCCUCCUCCUCCUCCUCCUCACUCCACCUUCAGUGUGGGUUUUUCUUUUGCAGUGUCUCCUCCCCCCUGGGUGAUGCCGACUGUAUUUCCAAACAUCUGAACUAUUAACCUGACUGUUUCUCCUCUGUGUGUGUUUGUGUGUGUUUGUGUGAUGGUGUUAUAUCAAUAUAUAAAUCUGAUGAUGUCUCUCUCUCUCUCUCUCUCUCUUUCUCUCUCUCUCUCUCUCUCUCUCUCUCUCUCUCUCUCUCUCUCUCUCUCUCUCUCUCUCUCUCUCUCGUGUGUGUUUGUGCAUGGCUUGGUUCUCCUGCUGGUCUGCUCUUCGUCUCACUAACUGCUUCUCUCCUCUCUCCUUUUUUUGCCACGCUUCAGCCUAGUGACCUGCGCAAGCACCGCAGGAAGGUAAACUAGAGAGCUGCUUCACUGGGCUCUGUCAGCUUUAUCCUCAUCAUCCAUUAUAACCCCCCGAAACACAGUCACAGUGUCUCCAUGACAGUUCAACUGAAUAAAGAAAUAAAGAAAUGCCGACGACAGACUCUCAGCAAGAAUCGCUGCCGACCAGAUUAGUGAUAAAGACCAAAACUGUGUCCUUGAGAAGUGGAACUGUGACGCUGAAACUGUCAAAAACAGAAGUCAGAGAUGAGAUGGAAUUAAAGCACAUUAUUAUAAUAAUUAUAAUAAUAAUAAUAAUCUUGAUGUUUUGAACUCAAACUUCCAGGAAGCAUCUUCUCUUUAGCACCACUGGGUUGUUUUUAGUUCUUGGAUCAGUAAUCAGACCAGAAACCGUCUCUGACCGUCAGUCACAAACAGGACCAGGAACAAAAACAUGAAAUUAAACAUGAAAUAUUGUUGUGGUAGAGAGUCGACUUAUUCCCUUUAAAAUGUGUUCAGACAUGUUUCCUGUGUCAGUUUUGAUGCUUUUGCAUCAUUUUGUCUUUAAAUUAAAGUUGCAGCUGAAUUUUCACAGAAGCAUAUUGCAUUUAAUUACAGGAAAAUAAAAGAGGAAACUGUUUUUUUUUGUUUUGUUUUUUGUUUUUUUCUUUGCUGUUUUUCAGACUAAUUUUUUUUCCUCUUCCUUUUUUCAUACAAAUUUUUAUUUUGUUUUUUGUACUUUUUUUUUUCGUCUUUCUGUUUUUCUGACUGUUUUUUUACUGACUAAACGAGAUCCUUUAAAAUCCUGCGAGAAUCUCAUAUAAUCAGAUAACAUUAACCACCAUGGCUGCUCUAAAUCUUAACUUUGACCACCAUGACUACGGGGUCAAUGAGAGUAAAGCAUGUUAUUAGUUAAACACACGAUAUGUAAAUCCUGAGGUAAGGUCGACAAACUUAUGUCGAUUCCAUCGCUCUGAGUUAAAGAAAGGAGGAUCUCCAAGUGUCUCAAACCCUAAAGAAAGUCAAACUUGAUAAAACUAAACAAGUGAUUCAUGUUUGCUUCCAGUAAAUCGAGCAGAGGAGGAGGAAAGUGGAAAAACAAUUAGUCUGAGAAACAAAACAAAACUUUCCGAAAAACAAAAAGAAAUAGAAUUAGUCUUCAAACAGACCUCCUUUUAUUUGUGAAUGCAGUAAACUUCUGUAUCAUUUUAUUCCCUGUAAAGUUCCUUAUUUUCUCGUUAUGUUUGUAGAGAUUCUGCAGAGUUACUCUUAGAUCUUUGAGAGUUGUUGCUGCAGCCCUUCAUGCUAAAAAAGUGGUGGUACAGUCCACAGCAGACCAGAGCCCAGUCAGAUGUGAUCAUGAUUGUGUCAUUUUGAUAUGAAUGAAAAGAAAAGUUUCCUGAUUAAAGAGGUUUUUUUUGUCACACAGUCGGCUCAGGACGACAAGGCCACCAUCCGCUGCGAGACGUCGCCCCCCACUACUCCACGCUCGAUGCGCUUGAACAGGGAGGGUCAUACGGCGAGCCACGAGGACAUCCGAGACAUUCGAGGGUAAGACGGACAAGUGUGGUGAGGACAGACUCCCGCUGUGGUCUGUUUGUGAACCUGCAGUUGACUCUGAUUGUCGGAGCUUUAGCCGAUGAGUGAAUAAGCCCCUUAAUUCAGUAAUUGAUCAGUAAUUGAUCAGUUUGACAGGAAAGUUUCAGGUUUCAGAUUAUAGAAAUUGUCUUAGUUUAAUUGGCUUUCUCUGUCGCUCUAUUAUUGGUUUAAAAGUUUUCAAAACAACAAAGACGCUUCUAUGUCGCUGAUUUCUCUCUCUGACCUCUGACCUCUGACCCUGCCGUCCCACAGCCUGGCCGGCCUGCAGGACGGUCAGGGCAGUAACCCCAGCAGCAGCAACAGCAGUCAGGACUCGCUCAAUAAAGCGGCGAAGAAGAAGAGCAUCAAGUCUUCGAUCGGACGCCUCUUUGGGAAGAAGGAGAAGGGCCGGCCCAGUAUUCCCAGCAAAGACUCUCCCAGUCAGGGUCAGACACUCCCACAGUUUUCAUAUUUCACUGUAAAGACGGGUCACUGCUCCCUGUCAGGUCUGUAAACUGAGUCUCUGUGUUUGUUUGAAGCUGGGACUCCUGAGGCAGAGAGCUCUCCCAAAGACGGUUUAGGGAUGGGAACCCUCGGAGGUCCGGCAGAGAAGAACCGGAAGCUGCAGAAGAAGUAAGCGUCCUCGUCCCCGUCCCAACAGUCCCGCUCACUCACUCCUCUUUGUCUCCACAGUCUCCAACCUUAAAGCUGAUGUCUGAAUACACUGCUGUUGUGUUAAUAAUGUAGACGUCCUUUUAUCGUGGACACUCACGCUCACUCCACCAGGCUCAUCCUGCUUCCACUCCACACCCGAUAUUUUCCACCGCCUCACUCUGUGAUGAUUUUUCCCUCCAGUCUGAGUUCAUGCCAACACACCACCAUGUUAUUUUGCUCUUAAAUGACCAUCAGUUCAUUCUUUCUCUUAUUGUUUUUCCAACCCCCCUCUUCUUCUUCUUCUUCUGUUGUUAUUUUCGUCAUCCCCCUCUCAUUCUCUGUGUAGUCCAAAGACAGGGUAAGUCAUUCACGUUGCUUUGUUUUUUUUUUUGUGGUUGCUUUGCCUUAUCUUCUUCUUCUUCUUCCCACACUUGGCUUCAUGUCCACCUCACCUCUAGCUCUGACGACCCCAAACAAAACUGUCCAACCUCCCGAUGUCUGACGGCUUUUCCAUGCUGCUCUUUACCCUGCUUUCCACAGCGGAGCUUAACUAACAGGAAUGUGUGUGUGCUGAUUUUUAGUGAGUGACACAUUUUCCUAUCGGAGCAUGAAGCGAUGCACUGCAACUCCGGGAAAAAACAAAAACUAUAGUUCAUGGAGGAGUUUAGCUGCUUCAUUUCGCUGCAUUUUGUUUGUUGUUAAAAACAUUAAAUGUGCUUCAGUGGAGUCAUCGACCGUGUCGUUUUGAAGAACACGCUCCAUCUGUUUACCUCCCAAACUCCAGGAUGGGCUUGUUCUUUAGCAGUGACGUCUGGCCCACAGCUCCAUCUAGUGGCCGACUGCUUCCUCUCUUAUUUUUUUAAGCAUAGACAUCCAUGAAGUGUGAGGGAUCCUUUGCUGAAUGGCAUCGCUCCUUCAUCACAAACCGGGAAUGUGCAUGAAAUGGAUGUUGACGUUUUUAAAGCCAUCACAAAGUUUCCCUAAAGUUCUCUCCUCUGUGCAUGUGAUCAUGUUCUGAGGAAUGCUGUAAUAUUUCAGUCAGAUCUGAGCGGACUCUCACAGCACUGGUUCUGGGAGAAAACUCCUCAAACUUCAUCUCCUCAAACCUGGAUCAGGGUGGUCAGGGUUUGAAAAGUCUAAAACUGUCUCUAAAGCGGUCUGGUCUCUCCAGGCCGGUGUUUGGAUUUCCAUGUUUCACUGAAAACUUCCUAAACCAGCAUGUUUCUAUCGGAUCCUUCCAGGGUUUCAGUCUCUCUGUUUUCUCUCAAACUCCUGCUCUCUGUUCGAGCGUGCAUGUGUGUCCGUGUCCUGGGUUUGUUCAUCUGUGUGCUCCGAGGGUGGAUUUGACUGGGUGCACACUGAAACGUUGUGUCUGUUUGUGUUUAAUCCUGUUUGCAUGAAUCUGAAUAAAUGUGCGUUUUUGUGUCUCAGGCAUGAACUCCUGGAGGAGGCUCGCAGGCAGGGCCUGCCGUUCGCCCAGUGGGACGGACCGACUGUGGUGGUUUGGUUGGAGGUACGACAGACACAGUGAUUUCAGUAACUCCGACAUGAUAUAUACUUCAGAUUUUAGUUUGAGAGUUGGAUCAGAGUAACCCCCAAUUUCCAGCGCCAAUCCCUGUUUGUGAGGCGGAUUUCAGGGUGGAUUUCAGACAGAGGGAAUCGGGAAAACUUAGAAGAACCUGCAAAUUCAUGUUCAAUCUCACGAUAACGAGUUGUCUCUAUAAAGACAGACACAUAGACAUAUAAGCAGUAGAUUGUGUCCUUCCAGAGGAGGAAAUCUACUUCUAGACUUCUAGAAUCAGCAUCUCCUCAUCCAUGGUGUCAUCGGGGUGAAAUGACGUCUAAAAACCUUUCACUUGUUCGUCUCCGCCCGUUUGCAUGGUGUGAAAUACGAGUGUUUUAUUUUGAAAAGAAGCCGGAUGUUUUAUUUUGUGUCUGUGCCCGACUUCCUUUCCAGCACGGGUUAAUCUGUGCUGAAUUUAUCCGCCAUGCUCCGGCGUCCAGAAAAAAUAGAACUCUUGUGAUCAGCUGAGGAGUCCGGCGAUCCUCAGAGGAACGGAAAGAAGUCGGUGUAAAUUAAGUUAUGCAUCAGAUUUCAUAAAGCGCUUUAUCAGAGACCCUCAAAGCGUUUUACAUUGGAGACAUCAUUCAUUCAUUGCUGCUCUGGGGCAGAGUGACGGAAACAUGGCGGCCAUUUCGCGCCUACGGCCUCUUCGACCAACACCACUCAACACUCACAAUCACACACCAGUGGAGGACACACACUGGGAACAAGGUGGGUUAAGUGUCAAGAACACGACGGACAGACUUGGGAUGGGCGGAAUCGAACCGCCAAUCUUCCAGUUAUCAGGCGACCGCUCUACCUCCUAAACGAAAUGUGACACAUUGACUAGAAUGGAAAUGAUCAGCUGUGAUCGGCGCCGAUGGCCUUUUCGCCAUUGUACUGGAUGUGGUGGAAAUUGGGGGUUAGAUCCAAAGACUCCACAUGUGUAAUACAUUCAUCCUCUUUGUCUGACGUCACUCUCUCACCUCUCCAGCUGUGGGUGGGCAUGCCGGCCUGGUACGUGGCUGCAUGCCGCGCUAACGUGAAGAGCGGCGCCAUCAUGUCGGCGUUAUCCGACACAGAGAUCCAAAGAGAGAUCGGCAUCAGUAACCCGCUACACCGACUGAAACUCCGCCUCGCCAUCCAGGAAAUCAUGUCCCUCACCAGCCCGUCGGCCCCGCCCACUUCAAGAACGGUAAUCAGCUGUUUUUAAUUUUCGAGCUCUAACGUCUCCUGAGCUUCAUUAACCUUUGACCUCCUCACAAACUUCACAUGAACUAAUAAAGAGAAACAGAGCGACUGAAUCUUCUCUAACCGUGAUUAACAAUCAUCUCCUCUUCUUCUUCUGCUGUCUCUGUCCUUCGUCACUCCUCACACACUUCUCUCACUUCUGAUUGGGGGCGGGGGUGUCACAUGAUCAGACCACAGGAAACGUUUGGGUCACACAUGAAGAGAUGGAAAGUUUGGCAGCCACACCUCCCACGGUUAGUCCACUCUGAUUGGCUGCUGCUUCUCUGGUGACGUUUUGAGGCUCGUUUCAAGUUGCCUUAAAGACGCUCGGACUUUUCUCCACCGCACUGCAUGAUGGGAGUUUUUAACGUCACGGUCCGGGUUCAGUCUAAGAUGGCAGCUUGAAACGCAGACUCUUUCUUUUGGUAGUUUGUGAUUUUUCCACCAUCCCUCCCUGUUUUUCUGUGGUCAGUCUCGUCCCCUCCUCUUCUGUUUUUGUGUCGUUUAGUCGAUCAGGAGAAGAUCACAUGACUUUGAACCUGCUUCAGUCUGGAUAAGAAACAUUUGAGUCCAAUUAAAGAAGUUAUUUUGUCCUCGUCCCCGACUCCUUCUGUCUGUUAAGUUCUUUCUUUGACUCCCUGUCUGAUAACCCCAUCAUGACUUUGUUUCGCUUGUUUCUUGUUUUAAUUUAGUAUUUUUUUUUUCCACGUUGAGCUGCUCUAACCUGCACUGCUGCCUCACUAACCCCUCACCUUUCUGUUCUUCUCACCAUGCUCACUCUAACCAUGCUAACACCAGGAGGAUGACGAGGGUAGCUGGGCACAGGUUUGCACACGUUCACUAAAAACUCAUCUGUAGUUCUCUGUUCGAAUGGAGCGGCUGUGGAUCAGUGAGAGUCAGAGGGUUAGAGGUCAGAACCCGAGUCAAAGUGUCCACAUGCAGAUAUAUUCUUAUGGUGGUUUACAUGUCGGCCUCUGUAUGAAAGGGUGAAUAUGACGUUAAAUCAAAGUGCUCUGAGGUUAAAGGUCCAGAGAGAGGAGUUAUAUAAACACAGAUUAUUUUUACAUUUAGUCCAUUUUAAUCCAAGAGGAACAAAAAACUGUCUUUUGUGUUAUAUCUCGGUUUCAUCAAAACUCCCACAACUUUACCACAACGUCAGAGUUCAGAGUUCAAGUAUUCUCCGAUGUGCAGGGUUCCUACCCAAGUAUGGAAUUAAUUUGAUUAAUCUCCAGGUCUUAAAAAGUACAGAAAAUUAAAAAUAAAGUAUGGAAAAAUAUUUCUGUUUCCAGACUAUUACCACAGUUUUUAAAUGCUGUUAAUACUAAAAUAGAAAAGUUGUUUUUUCCAAAAAUGAUUUUAAAAUGUGGGCUAUGGAAAGUUUGGAAAUUCCAACUGUGUAGGACCCCUGCAGUGGGAGAAGGUCAGAUUUAUCCAGCAGAACUCUGUAACUCUGUCUGAUCAAUAACAGGUUAUUUAUUAGACAAGGUUCCUUAAUGGUUUUUAAAAAAAAAAGGGACACCGGUGGUCGAGUUGUCUAAGCGCCCCCCGCCCCCCACCUGUUUAAUUUCCUGUCCUGACCUCUAACACACGUCUUCUCCCAAACUCUACUCCACACAUUUCCUGUCUCCUGUUUUAUAAAGUAAAAAUAUAUAUAUAUAUAUCAUAUAAAAUUUACUUAAAAACUUCUCAGUUUGGCCUAAAGAAUAGUUUUCUAUAUUACUGUUCUUGUUCUUUUUCUCAACGUCUCACUUAAACCAGUGAGUAUGAACUAAACUUCCACUGAAUCAUUUCUUUAUAACUGGAUGAGAUUCUCGAUUUAUCACGUGUGUAAGAUCGUCAUUUAUCCUUGUAGAUGUCCUAUAGAUACGGUUUUCUAGAUGUGUUUAUGAUGUAUUUUAACUGCUGGGUUUACAUCAAGUUACCAAACUAUCUAUAGACAGACAGACAGACAGACAGACAGACAGAAGUCAGUUCAUUAGAACAGUGAAGAGAUGAAACGUUCUCUCUGUGUUCAUGUCACCGUCUCACUGCUCAAGUUCACUCGUUCAGAACGGAGUAUUCAGAGAUUUGAGGGGGUUUCUUCUGCAGCAGAAUGAUUUUCCCUGAUUUCUGAUACUAAAUAUGACGACGGAGUGUUUGGAGCAGAGACAGAAACUGCGAAUGGAAAUCCUGAAUAUGGGAACAGUAGAAAAUACGACAAGGAAGAAUAAAAUCACUACAAAAUAAAGUAAAUAAACUGGAAAUGGAAACCUCAAAAAAACUGACAAAACAGUUCAUUUCCUGGUUAUUACCUGGAGAGUAUAAAUAAGGUUCUAACUCAAUAAUAUAUGUGUAAUAUGUCUGUGUAUUAAAACCAGAAAUGAUCAGAGAGUGACACAAAGAGAGUCAGAUUUUUGUCAUUUUAGAUUUUUCACAUUGAGGGUCGAGGUCUAAAAAAGUGAAGGACAGUCUGCUCUGAGGGUUUCUUUGUAUUCCUGCUCACUGCUGCUGAAAAUUCACCUUUUUCUAGUAGAAAUGGUUUAACUCUCAGAUGUCAGAGAUAGAUGUUGAAGGUUCAGAUUUCAGUGGAGAUGUUUUUUUGCUCCUGGUUGAGUCGUUUCCUCCCUGCCUGCAGACUUUGGCGUACGGAGACAUGAACCACGAGUGGAUCGGGAACGAGUGGCUGCCCAGCUUGGGUCUGCCUCAGUACCGCUCCUACUUCAUGGAGUCCCUGGUGGACGCCCGCAUGCUGGACCACCUCACCAAGAAGGACCUCAGGGGGCAGCUGAAGAUGGUGGACAGUUUCCACAGGUAAAUGCUGCGAGGACAGGAACCUGAAACUCUCUCUGAACACGAUCAGGAGCAGCAGAGGGUCUGAUAAUCGAUUCAUGUCUGUGUGUUUGUGAAACAGGAACAGCUUCCAGUGUGGAGUGAUGUGUCUGCGGAGGCUGAACUACGACAGGAAGGAGCUGGAGAGGAGGAGAGAGGCGUCUCAGGUGGAGCUAACAGGUGAGAGAAAACAGGUCAUCAUUGAAAGAAGUUCUUCCUCUGGUCUGAUGAGACUCACAGACGUCAUUUUGUCGUCGCAGAGGUCCUGGUGUGGACGAACGAGCGCGUGAUCAGCUGGGUUCAGGCCAUCGGGCUGAAGGAGUACAGCGCAAACCUUUACGAGAGCGGAGUGCACGGAGCUCUCUUCGCUUUAGAUGAAACCUUCGACCACAACACGCUGGCCCUCCUGCUGCAGAUCCCCACCCAGAACACUCAGGUGAGCACGACCGACACACUGAAGAGUCUUCUGCUCACAUCAGAUAUCGAAACUCGUGAUCGUCUUCUUUGACAAACCCUCGUCUGCUCAGGAGGACCGUUUGGACUCAUGAUGAGUCCUGGAAGUUCUCCUCUGUGGUUCAGUAACAGUCUGUUCUUGUUUCUCUCCUCUAGGCCCGAGCAACUCUAGAGCGUGAAUACAACAGUCUGCUGGCCCUCGGCACAGACCGGAGGAUGGAGGAGGUGACAAAAACACACACACACACUCACAGACACUCAAACACACACGGAGAAGUAAACCAACACUCCUCCGAUCUUUCCUCCAGGACGACGAUAAGAACUUCCGGCGAGCGCCCUCAUGGAGGAAGAAGUUCAGGCCCAAAGACAUGAGGGGGAUGCCGCUGGGCGCGUCCGACACCCUGCCCGCCAACUUCAGAGUGACCAGCAGCAGCGCAGCUUCGUCUCCCUCCACGCAGCCAAAGAGGAGCCCGAUGGACGGUAAGCAGGAGAGAGACGGAGACGUGAGCAUGAGUGUGUUAGCGCCUGAUCGGCUCUGAUCUGAUGACGACGGCUCUCUGAAACGGCCCAGACUCUGAGUUUACACCUGAUAUCAACAUGGAUCCUCAGAUUCAACGUUACUGACCAGACCUGACUCUCCUGCUGCAGGCUGGAUCAUCAGUUCAUGAUCGCAGACAUAUUGAUCCGUGUUAGAUUUACGUAUCACACUGGGAUGUUUCCCUGGACUAUAAUCUCGAUGUGAUGUGAUACAUUCGGGUGAAACCGUCAUGCUCCUGCACGUGUGUGAGGAGCCGUACCGUGCUGAGGUCCACCUCCUCUAACCGUGUCAGGGUUCAAGAAGCGUACCGUGGAUUUACACUGCCCAAUAAAGACUUUAGUCAAGUCAAGUUUAUUUGUAUAGCACAUUUCAGCAGCAGGGCAAUUCAAGGUGCUUUACAUGAAACAAGCAGGCAAAACAUUCAACACAAUUUAAAAAGUAAAAACAGCGUAAAAGACAUUUAACAGAUUAAAAGUUACAUUCAAAGCUAAAGUAAGAUUGGAGAGAUAGGAAAAAAAGAUCAAGACAGGCAGAUGAUGAAGAUGUUGAUUAGGGGUCAUUACAGGUCAGACCAGAGUGUCAGAGUACAGUAUUGCCUAAUCCUGUGUUGAGAUGGGUGCAGCUCAUCGAUGUGAUGAUGCAUCGUGAUGCUUCAUGUAGUGAUUUGGCAUCGAUUAAUUAACGUUGAUGAUUAAAAUAAAUAAAUAGAUAAUCAUGUCGAUGCUUUACCACUAGGCCGAAACAAUAAAACACAUAACAGAGCAGCAGAGCGGCAGAUUCUCUCGCCACCGGGGACAAACUGACUGAAACCAUGUGGAAUUUUAUGAGCGAGCGAACAAGACGACUGACAAGACCUACGCGAUUUAAAAUAAAGUACCUCAGCAACAACACCACAAACAUGAGGCAGCACCCUGACCGCUCUUUCCCCCAAACAGAGAAGGCUCCUGCAGUCGUGUCGCCACACAGAGGACCAUUCUGGAGACUGUCAAAUGUUCAAAAAACCUUAUCAUUUACUUAUUGAGUGUAGUUUUAGAGGAAUUGAGUUAAUUGAUCAGCUAUUUAUUUACAAAUGUAACCACAGAUGAAGACUUCUUGUUAGGGAAAAAAAACAUUUAAAAAUGGAAAUAAUCGACGAAUUUUGGCACCAAUAAUCGAAUCGAUAAUCAUUAUAAUCUGAGAAUCGAAGCUCCCAUAAUCGAAUCGGAUCAUGAGGUAUCCUUGUUGGAACACCCUUAGUCCUAAGCGUGGUCAUAUUCCCGCCUCCCUCUCAGGACGGACAGGGAAGACUUGACACUGUGAGGGUAAUUUGUGAACAAGCAGCUUUGGAGCUUCAUGAAGAAGAUCGAGCUUCUCAGUGUGGACACAAAAAUAGAUCCUCAGAGUCCUUCAGUGUUCAGCGGUGAUCUGGUCAUGUGCGUGUUGAUAUCAGGAGUAAACAGCCCCUCCCCCUCUGUUCUUCUUGAAUGGCUUUGCUGCUCUGCUGUUGACCGUGAUGCUGCUGUGACUAAUGGCAUGUCUCUGCAUGUGAUUUUUGCCAACAUGGACACACAGGAAGUCAGUCUAUACAGAGGCUGGACACUGCCACAGUCAGGACCUACUCUUGUUAA